UCAUCGUAGUUUGAACCAUUUGCUGGGCCAUUUGCGGUAGCAUUUUCCCAACGCCAGAUUGCCCAAGGAUGCUCGGACGUUAAUGAACACGCCCGCGUCCAGAGCACCGGAGACAGCCAUUACGCCUAUCGCAGGGGGGACGCUGUGGUACCAGGGUGUGGGGAAAUGCCUUCUUUCGUACUUUCGUGAUGUUCAGCUAACCCAUGAGGGGUUGGAGUUGAUUUUUUUUGUGGACGGCCUGCCGCUGUACAAAGGCAGCCGGUCCCAAUUAUGGCCCAUCCUGAUGCAGGUUCACAACGUGCCAAAUACUCCGGUGAUGACGGUUGCGAUUUUUUGGGGCGAAUCGAAAUCGUUAAUCCUGGAGGAGUUUUUGGAUCAGUUCGUGGACGAAAUGAACCACCUUUUUAUGAACGGCCUGAUAAUUGGAAACCGCUUUUACUGGGUAGCCUCGCGUGCUAUCAUAGCAGAUGCUCCAGCACGUGCAUUCAUAAAAGGUGUGAAAGGGCAUAAUGCAUACAGCGGGUGCCAGAAGUGCACGAUCGUAGGGGAGUUGCACGGGCACCGGAUGUAUUUCGCGUAUGAUGCGGAACGCCAGCCACGAAAACACAGCGACUUUUGCGAUGGCAAAUAUCCGACACACGUCAACAAACGCACCCCCCUUACCAGACUAUUAGGUUGUGAUAUCGAGGCCGAUUUUGUGUCGGCCGAAGAUAUGCACCUACUGUACAAGGGCGUGGAGGCCAAGUUGAUCGAUUUGUGGAUAUAAGGCUUCCCUGGCCUGCCGUGUUACUUGCCACACCGGCAACAACGUCAAGUGUCGGCGCACUUGCGCCUGUUAAAGCUCCCUACAGAUUAUCAACGCAAGCUGCGCGACCUGCGAUACGUCCAACUCUGCAAAGCUCGCGAGUAUAGGAUGUUUCUGCUGGUUUCCGGCUUCGUGGUUCUGGAGGGGGUAGACUUGACGAUGCAGCGUACCAACACUUCAUGUUGUUGACGAUGGCUGUAACAUUCAUGACCACCACCUACCACCGCGCAAAAUGGGCACUGGCUGACUCAUUUCUGCAUAGGUUUGUGGCAGCCUAUGGAGAUUUGUACAGUCCAGUGCUUAUUAAUAGCAACGUGCAUAACCUGCUGCACGUGUACGAAGACGUGCGCAGGUUUGAGGGUUUAAAAACCAUAUCGGCCUUCAUUUUUGAGGCAUUUUUGCAAGACCUCAAAAAGUUGGAACAUUCCGGG